AGUCCUUUAGACCGUGAUCCGCUAUCCCGUCUUACCAAGGUCCGCGCCCGCUUGUCCUGUAAGCCCCGCCUUUCUUGCGGCCCCCGUUGUGCUGCUGGACCCGACGAGCAGGGUUGACGCGAUGGAACUCAGUGCCCAGUACCUACGGGAGAAACUGCAGCGGGACCUGGAGGCCGAGCUCGUGGAAGUGGAGGACACGACUCCUAAUCGUUGCGCGUCCAGCUUCCGAGUUCUCGUGGUGUCAUCAAAGUUCGAGGGGAAGCCGCUGCUUCAGAGACACCGGCUGGUGAACACGUGCCUAGCGGAAGAACUCCUACACAUCCAUGCUUUUGAGCAGAAAACCCUGACCCCAGAACAGUGGGCCCGUGAGCAGCAGAAAUGAGGGACCGCAGUCUGCACAACCAUUAAAUUUUAUGAAACAAG